AUGAUUAAAAAUAUUUCUAAAGUCAAGACACUAGAAGAAUCAGAAAAACUUCUAAAAAGGAUCUACAGUAGCCAUUCAUUAUUUAGCUCAGAAAUUAGAUUGAGUUUGGAAGUGGCGAUAAGAGCAUCUGCAGAAAAAAUUCUUGAUACAUUUUAUUGGGAAAGGAAUGUAUCAGAGAGUCAUAUAAGCCAUGGAAUGUUCUUAGACUUAUUUGUAAAUUUAUUUUAUGAUGGAAUGAAAUAUUUAGUAGAUGACCAAAAAAAAAGAGAUUUAGAAUGUUUAGUAAUAGAACAUGGAAAAUUUGAAGCAGUAAUUGAUAAUGGAAAAGCAUUAAGUGAUAGAGGAAAUGUUAUUGAAUCUCUAAAAUUUGAUAGGAUAUACAGAGAAGAAAUGCCAGAAUAUGGUGGUUAUGGAUAUUUAAUAAAUAUGAAUUCUGUUGAAUUUAGUAUACAAGAGGUAAAUAAAUAUGGAGAAAUCAAAAAAAUAGAGGAAAAAUUAAAUAAACUGAGGAUAUAG